AUGUCCGUCACAAAGUCCCAGUACCGCAGCCUCUUCGCGGAGCACAUUAACUCUGCCUACCGCGGGAGUAACAAUCACUCCCGUUCAAGAUCUUCCUCAACUGCUAGGCACAAUGUUUCGAGGAGGACAUCAUCAUCUGUUUCGAACAGUGCUAGUGACCAUUCCGAACGUCCUACGCUAUCUACCUCCGAUAAGUCAAGUCCACCAAUGUACUCAACGGCAUAUUUUCAACCUGAACCAUCAAGGAACGUGGUAAGGGUAUAUCCUAAGCCGGAAGGCGAUAGGGUGCGCUCGGUGACCAUUCGACUGAGGGGUGACUGCCAUGGAGAAAUUCUUACCACUUCUGCUACCUUUCACGCCUAUGAUGGCCUUCUGAACCAAAUACAGUCUACUCUUCUUAAGAACUUUGGCAAAGGGGCAAUUGGCAUUGCGACUCCCCGUGGAAAAGUAAUUACUGAAGAUUGGCAAAUUUACCAACUUGGAUUCCCCGGUGCCUCAACAACCUUCUGCAAUGUAGUUUACUCGCGAGAUGACUACAAAAGCCACCCGCCUAUAUUAGUGCGCGCAUCAAACGUACUCCUCGAGCUUGGCAAGAACGACUUUGGGUAUUCCUCUUCGCGAUCGGGAAUGUUCAUGUACAUUGACCCAAACCUUGGGUAUGAUACCACCUACAUCGACCAGGCUGGAUUAAAGGUUAUUCCAGCCAAUGAAAUGGAUUAUCAGAAAGAGAUAGCCAUAAAGAAGGGAUAUUAUUAUCAUGAUAUGGGCCUACCAGGCUACGAUGAGAUUAGUCUCUUUAAGUAUGGAAGUGCAUGCUAUGCGGCGGACUGUAGGUGCUGUCAGGGCUGGAUUCGGUCAAGGAGACCGCAAACUCAGCGCUCACGGAGGCAGUCGACUCGACAGAGGCCACAAAUUCCCGAGAUCCAAUUGCAGGAUUAUGAUGGCCUCACACUAGAGGAGAGGAGAUACAUCCUAUUCAGGGCGACAAAACAACGCCGUUAA